AUGAGCCUGGCAGCCCCACUCCUGCUGCACUACAACGUGGAUUGCCUUGCACCAUGCGGUAGCAGUGGGCAGCUCGUGGCGGGCCUCAGCAACUUCAUCGGCCCCUGCUGGACGGGUGGCAUCGCGCUGCUGUCUGCAGCCGGCGAGGGCCCUGCGCAGCUGCAGACCCUGGUCGAGCUACGGGCGGGCGUGCCGGCGCUGGCUUGCCUGCACCGGGUGGACGAGUUCACGGGCCGCCGCGUGCUGGCCAUCGGCAGUGACGAUGGCUGUGUGGAGCUCUGGUACGUUAGCGGUGAAGCUCUAGAGCUCUCCCAGGCCAAGAUGCUGCACAGCGGCGCUGUGGCCGGCCUGGCCGCCGCACCCGGCGCCAGCCAGCUGGCCAGCGCCUCUGCAGACGGCACGCUGCGCGUGUGGGACUGCGGCCAGCUGCUGACCAGCACCGCGCAGCUGGGGAGCGGCGGCGCGGCUCAGCACGCGGUGGCAUGGACGGCGGACGCGAGCACCCUGGCAUCUGUGGGCGAUGCCGGCAGCCUGUGCCUGUGGGACACGCGGCAGCUGGGCAGCGCACCCGUGGCGGUCGCAGCGGUGGGCGCCAAGGCGCUGUCACUUGCAGCGGCGCCAGCGGGAGGCAAGCAGCUGCUUGUUGUUGGAGACCUGCUGGGGCGGGUCAGCGUGUUUGAUGCCCGCAGCCUGGGCAAGCCCCUGCAGCAGCGGCAGCUGCACGCAGACGCGGUGCACGCCCUUGCCGCCGCCGGCAGCGGCGGUGGCAGCGGCAGCUUGCUGGCCUCUGGUGCCGACGAUGGGGCCAUCAUGCUGCUCGACUGCGCUGACCUGGCGGCCUCUCGCCAGCUGGCGCCGCCGCGGCCCGAGGGCCAGGUCCCCUGCUACAUCCGAGCGCUGGCAUGGCAGUCGCCCGACGGCAGCAGCCGGCAGCAGCUGUAUCGUGGCGGCUGGGACCAAAUCGUGGCCCCGGUGCCCUUGUGA